CCCCGCAGCAUGCCCGCCGCGCCCUAGCGCACCAUGGGGCUGUGCUACAGCCUGCGCUCCCGCCUGGCCGCCGCGCACCCCUCCGCGCCCUACGGCGGCCAGGCGGACGCCCCCCCCCCGGCGGCGGCGGCGGCGGAGCCGGGCGACCCGCAGGUGCGGCACCGGCUGCGGCAGGACCUGGUGGCCAAGGAGCGGGCGGACAAGAAGCGGAGCAAGAGCAUCGACAAGACGCUGAAGGCGGAGAAGCGGGAGUACAAGCAGACGCACCGGCUGCUGCUGCUCGGUGCUGGUGAAUCCGGUAAAAGCACAAUAGUCAAACAGAUGAGGAUCUUGCACGUGAAUGGAUUUAAUGCUGAAGAGAAGAAAAUGAAAAUUCAAGAUAUUAAAAACAAUAUUAAAGAAGCUAUAGAGACAAUAGUGACAGCAAUGGGCAAUUUGGCACCUCCAGUUGAACUAGCCAAUCCAGAGAACCAGUUUCGAAUCGACUACAUCUUAAAUUUAGCUAACCAGAUAGACUUUGAUUUCCCACCGGAGUUUUAUGAACAUACAAAAACACUGUGGCAAGACGAAGGUGUGAAAGCCUGCUACGAGAGAUCUAAUGAAUAUCAACUGAUUGAUUGUGCGCAGUAUUUUCUAGACAAGAUCGACAUCGUCAAACAAAACGAGUAUACACCCUCUGACCAGGAUCUUCUCAGAUGCAGAGUUUUGACAUCAGGAAUUUUUGAAACCAAGUUCCAGGUGGAUAAAGUAAAUUUUCAUAUGUUUGAUGUCGGAGGGCAGCGAGAUGAACGCCGAAAAUGGAUCCAGUGUUUUAAUGAUGUGACUGCUAUCAUAUUCGUGGUGGCGAGCAGUAGCUACAACAUGGUUAUACGAGAGGACAAUCAGACCAAUCGGCUUCAAGAAGCACUAAACCUCUUCAAGAGUAUCUGGAACAACAGGUGGCUACGGACCAUUUCAGUAAUUCUUUUCCUGAAUAAACAAGACUUGCUAGCAGAGAAAGUUUUGGCAGGGAAAUCUAAAAUCGAAGACUACUUUCCAGAAUUUGCUCGCUACACUACACCAGAUGAUGCAACACCAGAGCCUGGUGAGGAUCCCAGAGUUACAAGGGCCAAGUACUUUAUUAGAGACGAGUUUCUUAGAAUCAGCACAGCGAGUGGCGACGGAAGGCACUACUGCUACCCUCACUUCACCUGCGCAGUGGAUACAGAGAACAUCCGGAGGGUUUUCAAUGACUGUCGGGACAUUAUUCAGCGCAUGCACCUUCGCCAAUACGAGUUGUUGUGAUGGAGAGCACUUUUUUCUGUGUUUUGGACUCCUUAUUCCUUAUUAAAAAAAGAAAAAAGCCCACCCUUGCCCACGUAGGGUGGAAGCGAACUGUUUGAAUCUCCCAUUGAUUUGCACCCCUCAACUUUUUCUCUUUGCUGGACAAUAGCAGCACUUCUAAGCUUGCUUCUGUACCCCUCGGACAGCUUGAGAUGGCCCCUAAUGCUUAAAAGGCCAUUUCCAUGAGGAUUCCCUAACACUGUUAUUAACAAAAAAGAAAAAAAAAGAAAUAAAACCUAAUUAAUUAAAAGCCCUGAAUGUGGAGCACCUGAAAGAAUUGGGGAUAAAAAAAUUAAAACGUAAAACAAAAAUUGGGGAGAGAAACCUUUAGGUAAUUAGCACUGCUGUGGGCAUAAUCCUGUAACCCGUGAUCUCCGCUUUGUAUCGUUCACUGCAUCAGAGUGAAGAAGGUGCCAAGUCACAGACCGAGUUGAAGAGACGCUUGGGUUUGGUUCUCUGACUGUGACGUGGCUUUGGACGGAAAUACUGACAAUUCGACAGCAACCCAGACAGUGCAGACACCACCUGCGUCCCGUCGGGAGGGUAUUUUUAAAACCAGUCUCGGUGGUCUAAAGACAACCCCGGACGUUGCGGAACGGAACUGCGCAUGGGCUGUGAUGGCAGAGAGUCAACCACACACUGUUUUCGGUUUGUCCACUGAUGAUCCCGUCUGCUCUAAAAUCAUUAUCUGGACUGUAGUCCUCACAGUCUUUCCCUUCUUUUUCUUCUUCCCUCCCCUCAUUUUUUAUUUUACUGCUGGAUUAUUAUUCUUGUACAGACUGUAAAAUGUAUUAUUUUGUACAACUUUAUUGAAAAAAAAUAACUUGUAGAAGAUCUUUGUGCCUUGAUUAUGGCUGUACCUGUACAAUGAGCUAAGAUGUAAGUAUGUUUGAUUGCGCUGUACAGCUUUGUCAACCCUAUCUGCAGCAUUAGCUCAAGGUAGGGAAAAUUUAUCUGUAGUUUAGUUUUUCUGGUUUAUAAAAGAAGGAAAAAUACUGUUUAGUAAAAAAAAAAAAGAAAAAAAGAAAAAAAAAAGAAAAAAGUACAAAUUGUGCAAACUUAACCACUUUAAAAGUGAGGUCUUCAACAAGUGACCAGAUGUUGCAGCAUCAUGCUUUUUAAUUUUUAGCUUUAAUUCAUUUAAAUCUCUAUCCAAAUGCAAAACAUGGCUUGUUUCUACAUAAACCAAAUUUUGCUACAAAUUAUAAAUGUUAGUCUUUGGUCAUUCAUAGUCCUUUUUGCUGAAGACAAACCAGAACAAUAGCGGACACGCAGGGCAUGGUGCAGGUCGGUGACCGUCCCCGCGCGGGGGGCGGCUCCUCCCGAGUGACACGGCGUGCACGGCCCUCGGAUUCGGCCACUGAACUCCAGUCCCAAAUGACCUUUUUAUUUCUCUUUUAAUAAAGAGAUACUUUAGAACCUUUUUGUUUUAUAUUAACUAUAUAAGUAGCUUAAAGUGAAGAUGUGUGGAUUUUUCUUAAACUUGAAUAAUUUAUGCAAAUUAUAUGCUUAGAACAACAUGUGGUACAGUAAAAAGAAAAAGAGCAAAAAUCACUGUAGCAAUAAGAGAGCAUGUAAUUUUAGUAACUACUACACUGCUUUAUAUUUUAUACCUAGGUGUUUUAUGUCUCUGUGAGUGUGUUACUUUUUCAUGUGUCUAAACCUACGUGUACAAUUUGUACAGAGUCAGCGAUUACAGCUGGAACCCCCACCUAGAACAGUGUUAGCCCGUAUGACUCCAGCGCCCCCGUCACCGACACCCCGGCCCGCUCUGGCUCUGGCUGCAGCGGCUGCAGGAGGAAAGCAGAAGAGACACAAAGCAGGCGCCGAGCCCCGGCCCCUGCCCUUGGCGCUGGCCCCCGCGCCCGGGGACGGCGCUGCCCCCGGCUCAGCCGCGGGUGCCCGGCGGCAACGCAGCGCCGUCUCCUCCGGUGUCCCACGCCGUCCGGCGCUGAGACCCGCCGCUGCCCGCAACCGAGAGUUUGCGUUGCUUCUGUGGCUGAACUUGUAAAUGAAAAUUACCCACCUCGUCCAUUUUCACCUAAAGAGCGGGGGACCUGAUGGAGUUACCGUCCCAUCUCUCUUAAUCCAAAAUUACUAGUCAUCUUCCAGAAGACACUAAAUCAUCUAAAAAUUUUAGCUGCGGUUGCUACUUAUCUUUUAAAAAUGAUCUUUCCUGUUCGCAGGUCUAGAAAGUUGCCACCCGAACUCUGUAGCGCUGCAGCAGAAUCUGACCGAAAAAAGCCCCUCCGAUUUCCGAAUGUAUCCGGUGCCUGUGGGCCAAGGGCUGGCGCUUCCCCUGGGUAGGGAAGGGACGCACCUGGUGGACAGGAAAUCCAUUGUGAGCCUUAAUUUUAGUUACAGGAGCCAAAAUCUUUAAUUUAGUGCCAACCCUUAUCUUUAAGCCUAGGAGGAGUUGGUGUGAGCACCACAUCUCUGAAUGGGGAAAACCUGCAGCGGUGUGAGGAAUGUAAUCUCUCAUCCAGGGAAACAAAGCACCUCCAUUAAAAAAUGUUUUAAAAAGUAAGCUUCUUCCUCUGCAACGAGAAGGAUCCAUAGUAACAGUGAGCUACGUAAGACAGCACCAGUUUCAGAAACCCGAAGCUUUAUGUGAACAGAAACGUUUAGGGGCUGCUUUCUUUCCCCUAAAGUGAGGAAAAAGGCAAUUGUUUUGAACGUGGUUGAGUUGCACAAGUCGGAGCGUGUGUGUGUGUCUUAACGUCUCAGUAUUGCCUUUGUUAGUGUCUAUUAGUCCAUGCAGUUUGGUGGCCUGGUAAAUGCAAGUCUUAUUUUUAACAGCUUGCUUUUUUCUUUUUUUUUUUUUUUUUUAAGUACAAAACCAUAAAGCUUUAAUGCUUGCUAUUUAAUAAGUAAUUGUGUUUUCUUCUGUCUCUAAUUUAGUGGCCAUAAUUUGCAGUUAAUUGAACCAUUCCAGCCUAAUGCUUACCCAUAUUUUCCUAGUUUUGUUUUAUUUAUUUAUUUGAACUUCUUGUUUUCAUGAUUGAGGACUUUCACUUCUGUCUCAUUCAUCUGUUCGGAAACUUCUGACCUUACAGCCAAAACUUAACUCAUUCUCCUCAGUAUUCAUCGUGAUGCUGAAGUGUAAGAUACCUGCAAAUGUAAACACUACCACUUUUAUUAAUAAAAGCAAAUCCAGUGUUUUAGGGCACAUUUGCAUCCCUGUAGUUGAGGUUGUGUCAGUAUUUCCAUUAUAAACCCAUGGAGGGUCUAUACCUUGGCACUAAAUUGCCCUAUGCUAAAUUUUGCCAUAGGAGGCUGCUUCUGCUCCAGCAUGAUUCGGGGGGUUGGUUUUCAAGCAGUUUCCAACACAAACUCUUGUUUCUGUUUGAAGUUCUACGGCUGUUUUGUUGGAUGGGGGUUGGUUUAAAAGAAAAACAACAAACACAACAAACAAACCUGGUUUGAGAUUGGUUUUGGCACUUCUGUAACUCAGAAAUGGUUUUGAUUUGAAAACAACCUUUGGCAAGCCAGUAACCUACAAUAUGGUCUGAUCACUUUGGGUAUUUUGUAAAAAUAAUAAUAAAUUGUAGAGAUGUUGUGGUUUCAAAAUCA